AGCCACAAAAGCUUCAGCUUUGAAGCUCCACCAUUGCCCCCCAACUAGAGCUCUGGAAAAGCUGAUGCUUUCUCCCUCCAAGUUCACUGAAAGACUUCCCCGGAUUCCAUUCUCCGUCGGAUCCCUCUCUUUCUGGUGUCCUAAUAGAUCUGGGAAUCUUAAUUUUCUGCAAGAUAGAAGGAGAUUUGGUUGUGGUCUCUGGGGGCAUAUGACUCAGAAUUCAAAGCAAUGUGACAUGGGAUACAUAACUAAGGCUGGUGUCAUCCUCCCGGCAUCAGAAGAUCAUGUUGAAGAAGCAAUCAGUGCUAUUAAAGAUGAGAAAGUUAUUGCAGUUCCGACAGACACCCUUUAUGGGUUUGCUUGUGAUGCUUGUUCUGCACAAGCCGUUAAACGGAUUUAUGACAUUAAAGGACGGCAACAAACGAGUCCUCUGGCAAUUAGUGUUGCUGAUGUAUCAGAUAUAUCACGCUUCGCCAUUCUGGAUCACUUACCUCCAGGACUGCUUGACUGUCUUCUUCCAGGACCUGUUACUGUUGUUCUAAGUCGAGGUAAUUCUAGUGAUUUGGAAAAGUCGCUAAAUCCCGGGUUAGACAGCAUUGGAGUUCGUGUGCCAGACUCCAACUUCAUUCAGGCAAUUGCUCGUGGUUGUAGAAGUGCACUGGCUCUCACCAGUGCCAACCUUAGCGGACAGCCGAGUAGUGUCAGCACUACUGAUUUUCAGAACCUCUGGGAACAUUGUGCAUAUGUUUUUGAUGGUGGCCUGCUUCCUGCUGGUCGUGCUGGUUCCACAGUUGUUGAUCUCACCAAGCCAGGAACCUACAAGAUUCUAAGGCCGGGAAGCGCGAGAGAUGCAACGGUUGCCAUCUUGGAAAAGUUCCACCUGGAAGAAGCUUCUUGAAGAUGGCCUUGAGGGGAUGAUAAACUUAUUAAUUUUUCGGCUAGUUUUAGGCUCUUUGAAAGUCUCCUUUU